AAUCAGAUGGGUGGAAGCAAAGAAGAAGAAUUGGAACUCCCCAUUUUCGAUCUUUCCACAAUAUCUACGGCCACUAGUAACUUUUCAGACAUCAAUAAGCUUGGAGAAGGUGGCUUCGGACCUGUUAACAAAGGUAAGCUUGGAGACGGGCAAGAAAUUGCUGUGAAGAGACUUUCAAUGAAUUCAGGACAAGGAGUCAACGAAUUUAAAAAUGAAGUAGUACUAAUUGCAAAACUCCAACAUCGAAAUCUUGUGAAGCUUUUUGGUUGUUGUAUUCAAGAACAAGAGAGGUUGUUACUCUACGAAUACAUGUCCAACAAAAGCCUUGACUUCUUCAUCUUUGAUCCAAAACAAGCUAAAUUAUUAGAGUGGCCUAAGCGCUUUGAAAUUAUAUGUGGUAUUGCUCGGGGUCUGUUGUAUCUUCAUCAAGAUUCUAGACUAAGAAUAAUUCAUAGAGAUCUUAAAGCUAGUAAUGUUUUGCUGGAUAGUGAGUUGAAUCCCAAAAUUUCAGAUUUUGGUCUGGCUAAAAUUUUUGGAGGAGAUCAAAUAGAAGAAAAAACAAACAGAGUCGUUGGAACUUAUGGAUAUAUGGCCCCAGAAUAUGCUUUCCAUGGUUUGUUUUCAAUCAAAUCUGACAUCUUCAGUUUUGGUAUAAUGGUGUUAGAGAUUGUAAGUGGAAAGAGAAAUAGAGUCUUUCACCCUGAAAUCGAUACCCUUGCACUCACAGGACAUGCAUGGAAAUUGAUGGAGGAAGGCAGGGCAAUUGAAUUGCUUGAUGAGUGCUUAAGUGGUUUAAAAAAUUUAUGUCAAGUCUUGCGAUGUAUCCAUGUUGGUCUCUUAUGUGUGCAGCGAAAUCCUAUGGAUAGACCAAGCAUGCCAUCUAUUGUUACGAUGUUGGGCAGUGACAGUUCUAUGCUUCAGGCUAAAAAACCAGGCUAUUUCUUCGAGACAGAGUCACCACAAGGUGGCCAUUCUCAAUCAUCCACAACAAACAAUGUGACCAUGUCAGUACUAGAGCCUCGAUGAUAUGUAAUGUAAUUGUCACAUGACAGCAAUGGACAUGUUUUUCCUGCGUGACACUGUAGUGCAUCAUUUUUUUUUUUUUUUUUUUAUUAACUACUUUAUUUGGUAAUUGUUAAGUGUUAGGAAUUUUAAUUUAAUUAUUUGAAUGUUUAGAGUUAAUUGUGAUUGAA